AUGGGUAUGAGCAGUGCAGCAAUGAAGGCCUUUGCAAUUGUCUUAAUUGUCACCUGCGUUUUUCUCUGCCCAGCAAGAGCCGCAGAUCCGCGGCUGGUGUUUGCCCACUACAUGCUCUUUGCCAACGACAACAUAGAUGUGCUCAAGCAGGAGAUUCGAAUUGCGCAGAGCAAAGGAAUUGACGCUUUCGCUCUCAAUAGCAAUGUGUGGCGCCAGAAUCUGGUAGACAAUAUGUACCAGGCAGCUAGAGAAGUGGGUUCGUCUUUCAAGAUCUUCUUCUCCGCUGACAUUCACAAGGACGCCAAUGGCAACCUCACGCCCGAUCAACUAGUGACCAUGCUCACCCGCUAUGAAACCCACCCCAACCAGAUGAAAUACCGAGGCAAACCCUUGUUCACCUCCUGGCUCGGCAACGACGAUUCCUGGUGGGCAGAAUACGGCUACUCCUCUGCUCUCAGCGGAUGGAACGACGUAUUUCAAAGAGCCGGAGGCAGAGGCAAGUUCUUCUUCGUCCCCUUUUUCCCCACGGACGGCUCCUACUGGGGAGUCCGCGGCACGGCGGAGAAGUUCACUGAUGUUGUCGAUGGGAUGUUUGCGUGGGACACGUCAGCGUGGCCCUACAUUAGCCCGGACUUCCAGAACCCUUCCGGCUCUAAGGACCAGAAUUAUCUGACCGCCUGCAAUGAUAUCGGGAAAGUGUACAUGGCGAGCCCUAGCCCCUGGUUCUUCAAGAACAUUCUAGGCACCUGCUGCUCCGAUGCCUGCAAGGCAAAGGAUCUCAACAGCUGUAACUGUCAAGUGAAGGGCAAUUACCAGGGUCCGGGGCUCUGGAUCAAAAAGUGGGAGCAGCUCAUACAGCUAAGCCCUCCUCUCGUCGAGAUCGUGACAUGGAACGACUGGGUGGAGAGCUCCUAUGUGGCACCGCCACUCAGCACGGCUUCUGCCGACGUGGCGGGGUUUACCCACCGUGCUUUCUUAGAGCUGGGGCAGUAUUACAUCAGCUGGUAUAAGUCUGGCAGCCCACCUGCCAUCACGCGGGAUUCGCUCUUCAUGUUUUACUACACCCAUAGUAAAAACGUUAUUCUGCCGGCUGACGGGUGCCAGGUGUUAUAUUCCGACCAGCUCACUGAUAAAUUGUACGUGACAUCGAUGCUGACUGGUCCUGCCACGGUGGAAUUACGAUCUGGAAGUUCGUCUGCAACGUUCAACGCUCCAGCAGGCGUAUCCACGUGGGCACUGGAUUUCGAGGAUGGGCAGCAGGUGGCCGUACUGAGGCGUGGAGGUAGCGUGAUAAGUACGCUGACUGGAAGCAAACCCAUCGGGAGUUCCGUAAACUACAAUUUCAAUGUUUACUCGACCUGCACAACAUGUAUAUAA